AUGGAUAUUUUUAUCAAUGCAUUACCACCAUUAGGUGAAAGAUCAGCUUCUCAAUCAUAUCCAAACGUUGGCAAAAACCAUUCACCAGCAACUUUGAAUGUUGGAAAUUUUGAAAUUUUAAAAGACAUAAAACCACUAAAAAAUUUCAAUUUAUUAUGGGCAACUCUUAGAGGUGAAAAAUGUCUUCCAUAUUCAACUGAAUAUGAUAUAGUUAACUAUGUUAGUAUUGCAAUAUCUGAUAUUAUACAAUCAUGUGGAAUUCAAGUAUCAUGUUCAAGCGAUUUUGGUGUUAGUGGUUUAAAAGCUGAUAUUAUGGUACUUGCAAAUUCAAACAAUGGUUUACCUAUCGGUAUUGCUCAAGUUAAAAAACCAAGUAGUACUAUUAUGGUGAAUGAAAAACUUCAUGGACAAACUUAUAAUUACAUGUUAAGUAUUGCUGAAAUUGAUAAUUCUGCAAACGCAACUGAAUUGGACAUUGCAGUUGGACCACCAACUAUACUACAAAAACCAUAUUCAUUAACAUCAACAUCAAAUUUAGAAUUCUCAACAACAACAACAACAACAAAUGAUAUUUUACCACCAACUCCUGAUAAACGUUUAGUUUAUGGUUCAAAAGUUUAUAAACAUUCAGAUAUUCAAUUACCAAAGGUUUUAUACUUAAUUAAAUCAUCAUGGUAUUGGGUUAAUAUAAACAUCAAAAAAUUAAACUACUUUAUCGAUACACCUUUACAUUUGAUUAAUGCAUGCGUUUUAUUAUAUGUUUUAAAAGGAGGUGAACAUGGUAGAGUAUGGUUAUGCUGCGCAUCAAGUGGUGUUUUAGAAGGACAAGUUGGAACAUGGAAUUCCAAACCUGCUUUAAUGAUGCCUUAUGUAUCACCAGCCUCAGAUGAAGCCUGGGAAAAUAAUAACUUCAAUUAG